CCUCUGUUGGUAAGACAUCCUAACUCAUCCAGCUCUACUUCACUUACAACUGCGCGUAACAACAAGGACUACAAAUGACAAGGACUACAAAUGACAAGGACUACUAGACCUUCUUACCAUGCUUGGAGCGCUCUCCUUGGCAUCAUUGCCCAUUACACAAGAAUCACAAUGUGCAGUCCAUUUACAGUACUUUGUAAUCAUUGAUGGUGUUGGAAGUUGGACAAAGUUUAGCUUUACAGCAUCAUUAUUGCUGUAACAUGGUGGAAGUGAUUACAUGCAAUGAAUGCACUGAGGAUGUUAAGGAGGACACAAGGACUGAUGGCAAUGGACACACUUUGGAAAAUUUGACUCCAGAGCCGGUCAUCCAUGAAUCCACGGAAGAUCCGGAAACCCAAACGCAGGAGACCAGUACCUGGAUAUGGUCCGUGGUUUAUCUUUGUUUCUAUGGCUUCAUGGUGCAGCUGAAGCCUGGAGAGCCGUUUAUCACACCAUACCUGCUCAGUACAGAGAAGAACUUCACUAGAGAACAGGUUACCAAUGAAAUAAAUCCAGUCCUCACAUAUUCUUAUAUGGCUGUGCUGGUGCCUGUCUUUCUGCUGACAGAUUACCUACGAUACAAACCUGUGCUGAUCCUGCAGAGCUUGAGUCAUGUUUCCAUUUGGCUUGUCCUGCUUUUGGGAACCUCAUUGCUGGAGAUGCAGUUUAUGGAGUUCUUUUAUGGCAUCACCAUGGCUGCCCGUGUGGCGUACUCUUCGUAUAUUUUCUCGCUAAUACCAGCUACUGUUUACCAGCGUGUAGCCAGCUAUUCCCGCUCAUCUGUGCUCAUGGGAGUCUUCACAAGCUCUGUGCUUGGUCAGAUAUGUGUGUCACUAGGAGGUAUAUCAUACAGGACGUUAAGUGCAGUCUCUCUGGGAUUUGUCACUUUUGGGUUACUCUUGUCCUUCUGGCUGCCAUGGCCCAAACGUAGCUUGUUUUUCAACCAAGUACGCCUGGAAGAGCAAAGAAAGGAGGAAGCAGCUCAAUCAGAAUUGGCCAGAAUGAAGCUUGAGGAGAAUGAUGGCAGUGUGGCAGCACAAAGAAGUAACCACAAAUCCCUAUCCUUGGCAAAUUCAGCAUUUGUUCAGAUGCUGAAGGAGUUGAAACAUGUUGUGAAAGUUCCCAGUUUAAGGCUUUGGAGCUUGUGGUGGGUGUUCAAUUCCACUGGUUACUAUUUAGUUCUAUUUUAUGUGCACAUCCUCUGGAAUAAAGUCUACCCUGCCACAGAGAACAAACAUGUUUACAACGGAGCAGUUGAAGCUGCCUCUACCUUAUUAGGUGCAGUCACAUCAUUUGCAGCAGGCUAUGUGAAAAUUCGAUGGAAUCUUUGGUCGGAACUGGUGAUUGGAUUGAUCACUGGAGUACAGGCUGGUCUACUGCUUCUCAUGGGUAUCACAGAUAACAUCUGGGUUUGCUAUGUGGCAUAUGCCCUGUUCAGAGGCUUCUACCAGUUCCUGGUGCCAAUCGCUAUCUUCCAGAUUGCCUCCUCUCUCACUAAAGAACUGUGUGCUUUAGUGUUUGGAGUAAACACUUUUCUUGGAACAGUCCUGAAAACAAUCAUCACUAUCAUUGUGGCAGAUAAGAGGGGAUUGGCUUUGAAUGUUCACUCUCAGUUUUUUGUUUAUUUCUUUUACUUCACUCUGCUGACUGUGGUUUAUCUGGGCUGUAGUGCUUUUAUAAUCACACGUCAUUACCGCAAUCAAAGAGCACAGGAGGACACUACGGAAGUAGCUAUAGCCACUGAACUUACUCCCAUGACAACGGCUGCUAGUGAAGGCACAACGGAACAAAAUGGAGCCAGCAUUAAGACAUGAGAUUCAAAGGAAUUGUGCCUACAUGUGGCGUUUCUCCAUCUUUUAAACUGUUACUUCAAAAUCAGAAUGUUGUAUUAUUUUUAGUAUGAAUACCCUUUUUGUUAUUUUAUGUUUGACAUAUUUUUAGGAAUAGCUUUUGUUUUUAAUUACUUAUCAAAUUCUAAUUACAUUUUGUGGAAAGUAAAUAUAAAAGUUGAGGUUGUCAUUAGGAUGGAAUGCCAGUGGAAAAUGUAGUCUUGGAUCGAGAUUUUAUCAGAUCCUUGAUUUUACUGUUUUAUCAUUUCAUAUGAUUGUUUUUGUUAGGGUGAACAAAGAAUUUAAAAUCAUUUUUGCAAGGAAUGUUUGGAAGCCAAACAUGGCAAGUUUGGCUUUCUAGCCUCUGAUGGGAUUACUUUUGGUUUCAGUGUACCAUGAUGGCAGAAGUAUUAUUUGCAGCUAAUAAUUGAAAUUUAAAUAAUUACUAUUGUAUAGCUUUUAGUUCCAGUUCUCUUAAUUGAUUGGCCAAGCAGUUAUCAAGAAAUGCUGAUAUUUGUAAUAUGUCCUUAAAGCUGAUUACUGAUUAUUAGCUAUAGGUUUGGAUGAUUUAUUUUAUUUUUUCUCCUAGAGUGGGGACCUUUUUUUGUUAGGGUUUUCUUUGUAUCCUGGAUAGCUCAGUGUGGGUUUCUACUCACCAGUAAGCAGGAGUAGGAAAUGGAAAACAGUGUUGAUGCUAACGCGGCGUGAUAACGGAAUGUUAUGAACCCGGGAUGUGAAAUUGAUUCAUCAACACUUUAAUCUGUGCAUUGCUUGACUACACAAAGUUUGCCGUUGUCGAAGGAACAACAUAUGUGAAUGACCAUGUUUUGAUGGAAAUGUAAGUUACUCAGUGUUAACUUUAUAGAAAGUUUAUAAAGGAAAUAUCACACAAAGAUAAAAAGAUUGUUCACAGAACACUUGCUUAGUUCUACUGUAUUUUAAAAUGAUUACUACUGUUUUUUUAUUUUUAUUUUAUGGUGUGAUUACAUUAGGAAUUACAGACCAUGUCUAAUUACAAAUGGAUUGUUACCAAUAAAGUAAUUGGUAUCCUUUA